AUGUCGUCCUCCACCCGCGUGGCUCUGGUGACUGGGGGCAACAAGGGCAUCGGCUUCGCCAUCGUGCGCGAGCUGUGCCGCCAGUUCUCGGGGGACGUGGUGCUCACGGCGCGGGAUGUGACACGGGGCCAGACGGCAGUGCAGCAGCUGCAGGCGGAGGGCCUGAACCCGCGCUUCCACCAGCUGGACAUCGACGACCUGCAGAGCAUCCGCGCCCUGCGCGACUUCCUGCGCUGCGAGUAUGGGGGCUUAGACGUGCUGGUCAACAACGCGGGCAUCGCCUUCAAGAUUGCUGAUCCUACACCCUUUCCUAUUCAAGCAGAGGUGACGAUGAAAACAAAGUUUUUUAGUACCCGAAACAUCUGCACAGAGUUGCUACCUCUAAUGAAAACUCAAGGUGGAGUGGUGAACGUGUCAAGCUUUAUGAGCAUCAAGACCCUUAAGUCCUGCAGCCCAGAGCUCCAGCAGAAGUUCCGCAGUGACACCAUCACAGAGGAGGAGCUGGUGAUGCUCAUGAACAAGAAAUAA